GCGCGCGACGCAGUCGUCGGGAGUAGCGAGGGGAGGGAACUGGUCGAUCAUGUGUCGGCCGGCCGCGAGAAAUAACAGUACGACUACGUGGUUAGGCAUAAUAGGACGUCAUUUUGCCGCCACAUUAAUUUAAAUUUCAACAUGAAUCAAAGUCGAUCGUCCUCUCCAUUCAAUUGGUCGUUGGAUCUAACUAGAAAAUUAAUUGAAAUACUACAUAACCAUCGCCGAUUAUGGGAUAGGAAACACAUUGAUUUCAGACAAAUUGGAACGAAACGCGGCUUAGAAAUAAUGGUCGAACUACUCGACACACCAAAUGUGACAACGAAACAGUUGAAAUGUAAAUUGAGGAAUUUACAAAACACAUACAAUAUAGAACAGCGUAAAAUAUUAGUUGCCCAGAAAAACGGUUUCUUCUACAGACCAAGUCUGCCGUGGUUUAAGGAGUACAACAAUGUUAUGCAGGAAGUAAAAGAAAUACAGGAAUCGCCCGAUGAGAGUGACUCGGGAGAAGACAUUCAACAUUAUCAUCAAGACAAUUCAGAAGAAAAUACCACAAAUUCGGAUACAUACAUAGUGUCAAUAAAACAAGAAUGUUUAGACAACAUUGCAAGAGGCGAGAAUUCUAGUAUUGAUUUCGAUGAGCAACCAAUAUUGAGAAAUCCUAAGCGAGUACAUACAGAAACAGAUAUACAGGAUCAAACAGAAGUCAGACAUGAUGACAAUUUUAUUAUGGAAUCUAUUCCCAUGGACGAGUUUCAGAUGUUCGCUGAACAUAUUGCUGAACAAUUACGUAUGGUGACAGCACAAAGAGCACACAGACUACAAAAAGAGAUAGAACUAUUGUUCGACAAUCUACCCCUCGUACAGAUUUUUGAUGAAUAAAAUAUACUCUUAGGUAGAUCCUAUACUAUAAUUAAAAUAUAUAAUAUGUAAUGUAUAUGUGUGCCCUACUGUAGCUUAAAAUUUCAAAUAAUAUGAUCUAAUUAUUAUAGUAUUAAAAUUUACAGUAAUAAUAAAUAUAAUAAUUUUAUUAAGAUAUAA